UCCGUGCAAAUGCGGAGAAAACUGAGCUCCGUCUUUCGGAAGAGACGUUAAACCGUUGGUCCAAAGUAGGAAAGUAGGAAACAGUAAGGUAGUAGGAUGAAUUGGAGGUUAGGGUUGGCCCGAUGAAGGCUCUCAUCGGUUGUGAGACGAGGGGCAUGGCGGAAGCCCGUUUCCUAACGGAAAUCCAGGAUGUCGUGCAUCGGUUGAACUUGGCGGAGUUGCGUAAUCACAUGAAAAUGCACAUCGACCUGAAGCAGCAGGAGCAGAAGGUGCGGUACGACAAGACGCGCCGAGAUGCCAAACUGUAUAAAAAGGGCGACCUGGUCCUGGUACGAAUCACGAGUGACCUUGCCACCGGGAGUAGCAGGAAACUGUACCCAAAGUUCAAGGGUCCAUUCCGGAUUCACAAGAUCCUGAUCAACGAUCGGUACGAGAUUGAAGAUCUGAGGGAAAAUCGAAAGAGAGGUCGGACGGUUGCAGCCGCCGAUAAUCUGAAACCCUGGAUUACGAUACAAGGUGAGCUAGCGAUUACAGCUGACAUUAAUGAAUUUAGCUGUUCUAGUCCAUGAUGCUGGAUUUGUUGGUACUGGGUGCCAUUGUUGAUGUAAUAGUACAAGCCGUAAGGUCGUUGGAAAUUACAAAGUAUUGUUGGUACUGAGUGUCAUUGUUGAUGUAAUAGUACAAGGCGUCAGGCCGUUGGAAAUUACAAAGUAUUGUUGGUACUGGGUGCCAUUGUUGAUGUAAUAGUAAUAGGCGUAAGGCCGUUGGAAAUUACAAAGUAUUGUUGGCCUGGGUGCCAUUAUUGAUGUAACAGUACAACGAACUGAGCCGUUGGAAAUUAUAUAUUGAUGUAACAGUAUAAUGAGCUGACAGUUGGAAAUUACAUAUUGGUGUAACAAUACACGAGCUGAGUCGUUGAAAAUUAUAUAUUGACUAGCUGGUUACCCGGGCUUCGCCCCGGAGGACAUGUGUAAUAAUACACGCAAAUAAUCUCACUCAAUAGUCUCUCUCUCUCUCUCUCUCUCUCUCUCUCUCUCUCUCU